AUGGAGCACGGCUGCCGCCCCUCUCUGCUCUGCAGUCUCCCCUCCCUGCUUCUCCUCGUCCAGCUGCCCAUGUGGGGCUCUGCAGAAAAUUUCAUGGUGAUUGGCCCCUCGGAACCCAUCGUGGCAGUGCUGGGUGACGAUGCUAUUCUGCCCUGCUCCCUGUUCCCAGCCAUAAGUGCAGAGCACAUGGAGCUGAGGUGGAUUCGUUCCCAUUUCGUGGAGACCGUGUUCAUCUAUCGGAACCGUCAGGAGCAGAAGGAGGAUCAGAUGCCAGAGUACACAGGGAGGACCUCACUGGUGAAGGACUUCCUCACCCAGGGGCAGGCUGCCCUGCACAUCCACAAUGUCCAGGUUUCAGACAACGGGAUGUACUCCUGCUUCUUCGAAGAGGGAGGCUACUAUGAAGGGGCCAACUUAGAACUGAAGGUGGCAGGCCUGGGCUCUGCCCCUCAAGUGCACAUUGAAGGGCCAGAGCAGGACGGGGUCCGCGUGGUGUGCAAGGCCUCGGGCUGGUUCCCGAAGCCCCAAGUGCAGUGGACAGACCUCAGCGGGAAGAAGUUCCUGGAGUUCUCUGAGGCCCAUGCCCAGGACGCAGCAGGGCUGUUCAGCGUGGAGGCGGCUCUGGUGGUGAGAGACAGCUCUGCAGGGAGUGUGAGCUGCUCCGUCCUCAAUCCCAUCCUGGGCCAGGAGAAGGCCAUGGCCGUGUCCAUCCCAGAGCCCUUCUUCCCGCAGGCCUCUCCCUGGAAGGCAGCUUUUGCUGGGAUCCUGACGGUGCUGGGGCUCCUGCUCUUUGGGGCUGGCUGCUUCACCAGGAGAGAGCACUCUGCAAAGCUGCAGGAGAGGCAGAAACGUAAGAAUCUUGACUGGAUUAAGGUUCAGAGCAUCAGGAAGCACACAGUCUUUAAGUUUCUUGGAGAUGGAUGUUCAUGGGAUUUUUCUCUUUCAGACGAGCUCCAGGCAGAACUCGAUCGGAGGAAGACAGCUUACCUGGCUGCCUGGAGGAAGGCGCAGCUGUAUGCUGAUUGGCGGAAGGAAUGGUUCCAGGCCUGGCCUGUCACUCUGGAUCCAGUGUCCGCCCGUAGUGGUCUUGCCCUCUCUCCUGACAAGAUGAGUGUGACCUGGAAGGACACCACUGCGGGCUCAAAAUAUCGCUGCCCUGUGAGGGGCCUUGAGGGCAUCACGUCAGGAAGACGUUACUGGGAGGUGCAGAUCAGGAGUGGGAAGGGCAGCAAGUGGGCUGUGGGGGUCUGUAGGGAGGAUGUGACAAGGAAAGGCAGGUAUACAGAGUCCCCAGAUACGGGGUUCUGGGUUGUGGGGAGGCAUAUCAAGAAGUAUUAUGCCUGGACUAAGCCUCGGCAGGUUCUAAUCCUUAGGAAGUAUCCCCGCAGGGUGGGGAUUUUCGUGGACUACAGUGAGGGGGACGUCUCCUUCUACAACAUGACUGACGGCUCCCACAUUUUCUCCUUCCCCCCAGCUUCCUUCUCUGGAACCCUCUUUCCAUACUUCUCACUCUGGGGAGACAUGUCCCUGACCAUCUGCUCCACAGAGGGGGGGAGGUCUGAGGGGCUCCCUGUGCCCCUUAGCAAGUCUCCUUCUUUGGAGGAGGCUGUGAGGCCCCCAGGGGAGGGGCUCAGCUCAGGCUCUGGAGUUGAUGGAGCUCCCCCAGGGGCUGAGUCUCCAUUGCUGCCCUGA